UUUUGGCCUCUCUCGGCCACCGUCUGCCCCUUCCUCUUUGAGCGCAUGCGCGCUGCCGGGCGUCACCCAGUUCUCCCUCUGGAAGGACGGACGUUGGUGUGGGGGAGACUAUAACUGCCAUGUCUGCCGGUACUUUGCCAAAACCUCAGAUGCGCGGCCUUCUGGCCAAGCGUCUGAGAUUUCAUAUUGUUGGAGCCGUAAUUGUGUCCCUGGGGGUUGCAGCUUCCUAUAAGUUCGGUGUAGCUGAACCAAGAAAGAAGGCAUAUGCAGAUUUCUACAGAAAUUAUGAUUCCAUGAAAGAUUUUGAGGAGAUGAGGAAGGCUGGUAUCUUUCAGAGUACAAAGUGAUCUUGGAAUGUAAAGAAUUUCUUUGGGUUGAAUUCCACGGAAGUUUGUCACCGACCUGUGUUCCUGAACUAUGAAACAUGAAUAUUUGAGCUAAGGAAUAGUUUAUCUUGAUAAAUAAACAAUGAAAUACUGUGGACA